UUUUUUAUGCUUCUGCCGAGAACAACCGAAGAGACCGCAGCCAUCAAAGCCAGAGCCUCGCCGCGUACGUCAAAACGUCGUCGUCGAAAAACCAGUGUAAAUUUUUCUGAUUCCAAAAAAUCUGGUCAUUUUUCUGCGAUUUUGCCGUCGUUUUUGUGCAAUGCCUGAAGUGCGCGUGUGAUCGAUUGUGGAAAACGUUCGAUUGUUACGUCCGCGAAGUUGCAAAUCGCCGCAAUCCGCGGCCCCAUUCCGUGUGUCGGGACGGUGGGAAAAAGUGAGAGUGAAAACGCGAGAAUCGACUACGCGAAUGUCGUCGAUUCCUUCGUCCACUUUUGGCUGCUGCUGAAAAGUGAUCAGAACACAGCAGAACAAGCAAUAACCAAUAAGCUGAAGAAUAAUGUCGGAAAUCAAACGUGUGACACUGACGACGAUCAGUGAUGUGGUGAAAAAGAGUCCCUUCGGCGGUGCGUUGGAUCAAAACACGGCGGCGGACAGCUUCGGUGGUGCCUUUGGGGGGCUGGGCGGCGGCGGAGCGGGAAGUGGUUCCGGUUCCGGGAAGAAUGCCGCCGGGAGCAAACCGCGGAAAACCGUCCGGCUGGCGCUGGAGCUGUUCGAGCCGACGGCGCAAAGCUUCCCGGAGUUCAACUUUUCCAAACUGAUGCACGAGGAGCAGAAACGCCUUCGCAAAGCGGAGAAGAAAUCCCUCUCGAAUGGGUUCCUCUCGGACGCGGACAACGAUGACGACGUUGCCCGAAUCGCCCGGGAGCUGGAGAAGAAAUACGGCGCCGGUACGGCGUACAGCAGUUCCGGAAAGUCGGCUCGUUCGUCACAGCUGGAUGUGUUCGACCGCGGAGCGGGUUACGACGAGGAGGAUUCCUUCAUCGACAACACCGAAGCGUACGACGAACUGAUCCCACAGGAGGUGGAAACCGUUGGCGGAGGGUUCUACAUCAACUCCGGACAGCUGGAGUUCAAAACAUUGUCGAACUUUGAACGGCCCGAGGAUGCCGAGCGGAUGCCCAAGCCGAAGAAGCGACUGCUGUCGACGUCGAGCGAAAGCGACAGCGAAACAGAGAAGGCUGAGCGGAGAAAGAAGAAGAGUGAAAUGGGAAGUGCGGCGACAAGUGGGGCAGAGAGUGGAAAGAGCGGGAAGAGUGUGAAGAAACGGGUGAAUGGUCAUGUGGGGAAGAAAGCGAAAGUGGGAGGGGAUAAGAGCGAGGGGAAAUUGCUGGCGAAGAAGAAGAAAGAGGAUAAGGAGGUGAAGGAAAGUGGCGGCAAAGAGAUUAAGGUGAUGAAGACAAUCACGGUGAAGGAUAUGUUGAGAGCGAAGCGGGAUAGUAUGCGAAAGAUGGAGCAGGAGAAGAAAGGAAGGAGUAGUGCGACGGUUUCCAGUUCGGAAGCUGAAGAAGAUGACGAUGGGGAUGAUGAUGACGAUGAAGAGGAUGGAAGCGAUGGUAGUGAUAGCGACUCGAGUGAUAGCGGCUCAGAUGAAUCAGAUAGUGAUAGUGCUUCGGCCAGUGAAAAAGAGCAAUCGACUAAAGUUAAUGGCGGCGAAGAGCCGGCACCGAAGAAGGUGAACAGUGUAAAACUGCCGGAUAAUCUUCCGGAUCAUUUGCUGCAGGAUCUGAACGAUUUGAAGGAUCUGGCGGACAAAUCAACUGGAAAGUUCAACUUCUUUGAAAGUACGGUGGCGGAUUUGUUACUACAAAUCGAUGUUAGUUCUAGGAUGUGUGGAGGAAGUGCCAGAAAUACGAUCUAUAAGCAUUUGGAAGAGCACUUGCGAGUGAGUCGACAGACGUUGAUGAUCAAAAUAAAGAAGAUUCGGAUUAGAAAGGAGGAUACCAAGGUUAAAAAAGCUUUGGAUAAACUUGAGGAUGCUGUAACGGAGGUAAUGCCGAAGAUAAUAACGAACUACGAAGCGGAAAGGCAGAAGGCCAUCGAGCUUCGAAAUUCACUGCCUGUCGGAGAAAGCGGAGAAAAGCCGGAAGUUAAACAUCCAAAGAAGAAAUUCCCAUGGACAGACCAACUGCGUACAUUGCUCUACGACAUAGCUAAUAUCCGGAAGCAGUCGUUCAACAUCCUCCGACCGAGGAAAGAAACGGAAGCAGAGUUCAUCCAUAGCUACCUACAGAAAAAUGUCCUGCCUCUCUGGCCCAGCGGAUGGAUGAAAUUUGAAGAACUCCAGAAGGAACUGGAUCGACGAAAAAAGAACGACGGCAAAGCCGCCAGCAAAGAAACCAAAAAGACUGUUCAUCUGUCCAGCGGAUCACCCGCUGUUUCAUCCCCAACCAUUGCCAGCGGCACAGGAGGAUCAUUGCCUUCUGUAGUUAAAUCAUCCGGAUCCAAGUCGGAAGAACGAAAAUCCAUUCGACCUCCACAAUCGUCACCGGUAGUGCCGGCGACCGGAGCCGCAUCUAGUCCUGCACAACCUCCUCCUAGCACUUCUCCCGCUUCCAGCAAGAAGACUUCCGAUCACAGCAUUAUCAACAUCAUAAGUUCGCCUCCCAGUAAAACGAGUUCCUCGCAACAUUCCAGUCAGUAUCAAUCUCAUACGUCGCCACAGCAUCCGCCACGACCUCAAUCCCGUACCCCUCGGCCGCCUAGCAGUUUCGACGAAGAUCUCAUCCAGACCCAUGUCAUCAAUCUGGAACCGGCUCACAGUUCCUCGAAAACCUCUCCCCUUCCGAUGGACUUUCGGAUCAAUUCCCCGGCACUGUCCUCAGCUUCCUCUGCGUCUUCCUCUCGAAGGCCAUCUUCCUACCAAGAGCAGCCUCCAAUGGCCCACAGCAAUUCAACACCAUCAAAUUCAAACCCGAAUCAACGGAAGGACCGCAAAAGCCUGGAUGACGACAGCGAUAGCAGUAUAGAAAUCAUCGGCGAAUACAGUGUAGGCGAGAAAAGGGUUGAUGUUCUGAAUUUGAGCCUUCCCUCGAUCAACAAGGACAAGUACAAAAAACCUCCAACCAACGUUGCUGGGAAAGCUGGAUCAGUGAGUUCCUCCGCCACCGCCAGCAUGCGAAGUUCUCCUAUGAACAUCAACAACAACAACAGCUACGACAAGCCAAACAAAUACGGCCAGAAGACUACCCCGUCGUCUUCUUCCGCGUCAACGCCGACCACCUCGGCGGCCUCGAAUUCGGCCAUAAAAUCGUCGAAUGCUUCUGCCGGAAGCUUCGUGCUUCCCAGCGCGAUCGCCAGUCUGAUGCAACAGGAUUUCGCCAAAAUGAGCGGCCAGGGAGCGGCGUCAUCAUCAUCAUCAUCGCGAAUGUCAUCCGUGUCGGCAACUCCGGGCGAGUUGGACGUGCUACGGAUAAUGAAGGAACUUCACGAGUUGCAGGCCACCCAAUCCAGUAUGGGCAGCAAGGCAGGUUCCUCCCUUGGCGGUCAGAAUCGCGGCAACAGUCCAAAGCCGUCGCAUACGUUCGGACCAUCCAAACCGAAGCAAGACUCACCCUUUGCCAGUGGUUCUUCCCAGCAUUACAGUCAAUCGCCAAAGACGCCCACAUCGUCGGUGGCCUCAACGCAGCAGCAGAAACAACAGCAAGCCCAUCACAUUCAAAUUCCGCAACUGGCGCAGUUUCUGCCGCGGACGUAGAAGAACCAGUUGGAUCGUUUGUGACCAGCAACACAAGAAGCACUGCCGUGCCACCAGCACCACCGAGUAUCACAUUCAACGGGAAAUCAACAGCAUCACCGUCACUUCCAUUCCACCACCAAAGUGAUAGAACUCGACAGUUUCGAGGAUGAUUUCCUGUUUGCCAACUACUCGUACGAUAGUAACAGAAAGCGAUCCUAUAAGUGACAAGGAGGCACCAUUUGAAAAAUCUCCACCUUCAAAAGACUGUCCAACAACUACUCUACAAUAAGCAUGGCUGCCAUCUCGUGAUUUAUCUAGUUAAUUGAAUUAUUUAAGCCUUAUGUUACGGUAGAACCGCUUCUUUUUUUUUGCUCCGUUGCUGAUUUUAUUUGUUUUGCCCAAGUAUUCGAAAAGAGAAACUCCAACAACAAUACCCGGCUUAAACGGUACCACCAGAAGCAACAGUCCGAAAGUGCUGAACCCAAUGGCGACGGCGGCAGCAAUGAGGAAAGCCAACGGCAAAUAAAUUGACCACCUUCCCUGCGGAUCCGCCCCGAGAACUGUCCCGCGACCGAGCUGACCUGACGAUUGCUGGUCGAAUCGUUGUUGUUUUUGUAUAUUUAAUCGAAAGGAGGAUUUUUUAUUAUAGCCUAGAGUAAACGGGACGGAGCGGAGAAAUCAUUAGAUUUAUUCAGAACCCCGUGUUUUAGAGAGAAAUUUCAGCGGCAGCAGUGCAGGUCCCUGAAAAAAAAUUGUCGAAAUUCAGAAAACCAGAGAAUCCAGUGUGUCGAGAGAAAGUCUGUAAAUUAAGUCUGUUUUGAGGGAGUCCGUAACAUAGGGAUAUUUGAAAAAUACGAGUUGUCACAUACUUUUUAGAAGAACAUCUGCUCGAAAUAGAAGGAGGGAGCUGGACAACGUAGUGUCAUCUUUUAGUUAUUAAGUGACCCUGUCUUUAAAUGUUAAUGUAAGUUGGUUCGUUCGUUUGGUUUUAUUUUUCAUAUUUGAUUUCUGUUGUAACUUUCUAUUGUUUCUCUUCGAACAUUUUUUUUACGAAACGGACGUAAAAUAAACAUGCAGCGCUGCUACAAAAAAAUGUAAACUAAUUUAAAGAGAAAAUAACGAAUACAGUUAAUGAAUAGAAGUAUAAAGAAAGCAAGUAAAAUAAACAAAAUCGAAAUUUAAAUGGA